GCCUGCCCUGCCUGCCUGCCGGCCGGGCGGGCGGAGGAGCGGGAGGGAGAUGGCCGGGGGCGGCUGGGCGCCGCCGCAGCUGGAGGACUUCCUGCUGACCGAGCGGCUGGGCAGCGGCACCUACGCCACCGUCUUCAAAGCCUACAGGAAGAAAAAUGCCCGGGAAGUGGUGGCCAUCAAGUGUGUGAGUAAGAAGAACCUGAACAAGGCCUCUGUCGAAAACCUGCUGACUGAGAUCGAGAUCCUCAAGACCAUUCGGCAUCCACACAUUGUGGAGCUGAAGGACUUCCAGUGGGACAAAGAAUACAUCUACCUGAUCAUGGAAUAUUGUGCUGGGGGUGACCUGUCCCGCUUCAUUCAUACCCGGAGAAUUCUCUUAGAAAAGGUGGCUUGUAUAUUUCUACAACAACUGGCCUGUGCCUUGAAGUUCCUUCACGAUAAGAAUAUCUCCCAUUUGGACCUCAAACCCCAGAAUAUCCUCCUGACUUCUUUCGAGAAACCUCACCUCAAACUGGCAGAUUUUGGAUUUGCGCAGCACAUGUCCCCCAGGGAUGAGAAGCAUGUGCUGAGAGGUUCACCACUUUAUAUGGCACCAGAAAUGGUGUGCAGUCGGCAAUACGAUGCUCGGGUAGAUUUGUGGUCAGUUGGGGUGAUCCUCUAUGAGGCUCUCUUUGGCCAUCCUCCGUUUGCCUCCAAGUCAUUUGCUGAGUUAGAGGAGAAAAUACGGAGCAGUCAACCUAUUGAGCUUCCCAGCCGCCCCCGCCUGUCACCGGAAUGCCGAGAUCUCCUGCAGCAUCUGUUGCAAAGAGACCCCCAGCAGCGCAUCUCCUUCCAGGCGUUCUUUGCUCACCCGUUUGUGGACAUGGAGCACAUGCCCAGUGCGGAAUGUCUGGGGAAAGCACGUUUUGCUUCUUUUCAGACCACGCUUGUAAUGGAAGCUGUGAAGAAGGACCAAGAAGGUGACAUGGCCACCGCCCUCUCGCUCUACUCCAAAGCUCUGGAGUACUUUGUUCCUGCCUUACGCUAUGAACGGGAUGCCCAACGGAAGGAAGCAAUCCGAUCCAAGGUGAGUGAAUACAUCUCACGGGCAGAGCAGCUCAAGGUGCUGGUCGCAUCGGACAACAAAGCUCUUCUGCAGAAAGGCUGCCCUGGCCGGGACAUUUUAAAAGAGAUGUCCAAGGACAAACCUCGCCUUUACACCGCUCUGGAGGUAGCAUCUGCUGCUGUGGCUAAGGAAGAAGAAGGCAAAGAGGACAGAGAAACGCUUGAUCUGUACCAGCAGAGUUUGGGCGAGCUGCUGCUGAUGCUGGCUGCGGAACCUGCAGGGAGAAGACGGGAGUUGCUACACGCUGAGAUCCAGACGCUGAUGGGCCGAGCAGAGUAUCUGAAAGAACAGAUCAAGAUCAAGGAGUCGCAGUGGGAAGCCGAGUCCAUUGGAAAUGAGGGCCUCUCCGAUUCUGUGAGAAGCUCAUGUACUUUACAGUGACCCAUGGCCAGCAUUGUGCCUGGAAGCUUUGAUACUUCAAACCAGCGAGCACUGGACAAUCCGAACGCAGACCCCGUUUAUGUAACCGGGACUAAGAAUUGCCGAUGUGGAGCUGUGUCCCAUCUGCAAACCCAGACUGAUGGAGCAAACUUUAGGGCAGUGUUCCUCAACCUCAGUGACUUUCAGAAGUGUGGACUUCAACUCCC